CUAAUGUUUUCAGGGUUUCUCUGAGAAGAUUUCACAGUGGUCUUAAAUGACAAGGUCCUCCUAAAGAAGUGAUCCACGACUUCAGAAUGGAACACUGGCCCUUUCCCCUCUUCUUGUGAUCAAGCCACUGGCCGACAUUUAUGUGGGGAUGCCAGUAAACCGCCAGAAAUCAGACUCUUCAGAGAUGGACUCUGAUUUGUCACCCAGCUGCAGGCUCAGUGACCUGAGCAGAGGGGGCAGCUUGGAGAGUCGAAGUAGCAGUUCUCGCUCCAGAAGUCUCACUUUGGAUGAUGAGAGCCUGAAGUACCUCACACAUGAGGAAAAGGAUGUCAUCCUGUUUUUUGAAGAGACUAUUGAUUCCCUGGAGGACGACUUUGAGGAGCAAGUCCUGUGUGACAGUGGGGUACACUGCCAGCCCCCAAAGUCUCUGGAAGGGAGCACUCCCAGCCACUUGGAACCAGAAGAUGUCAUUGACUUAGUGCAGCCAGUAUAUGCAGCUGGGGAACCUGAGCGCCUCCCGGAUGUGACUGAAGCAGCAGGGGCUGGACCUGCUGGAAAGGAAGACAUUCCUGUCCUGGAAUGCGGGGCACAGGAUGUGGAGGCUUCUCCCCCGCCAGGGUGCACCGUUCCAGAGGCCCUUCCUCGGCCACCCUCCCUGCCUGUCCCCACAGCGCCAGCCCAGCCCAGGAAAGAGCAGCUCUCUUCUUCUCCUCCUGCGGAGCACCCCAAACUGCCCCGUUCAGUUCCUACUCCGCUUGUUAUCGCCCAGAAGAUUUCUGAGAAGUUGGCAGGAAAUGAAGCACUUUCACCCACCUCCCCCUCCAAGGAGGGCAGGCCUGGGGAAUGGAGGACACUGACUUCCGUGGCCCCUCGAAAUGGAGACCACUUGUUGUGGCACAGACAUACGGCACAGCCUGCGCCCAAGAUCCACCGCUUCCCGAGCAACAUCAGUGUGACCAACAGCGCCGGGAAGGAGUUCAACAAGACCAUCUCCAAGGCCGCGGUCAACGUGCAGGAGCGGAAAGCCCGGGUCCUGGCCAACAUUAAUGGAGUCUCUUUCUUCUCCAUGGGAGAAACGGAAGAUCGGGCCCAAAAGGGUGAUCUCCCUGAGCAGAGGCGAAGCGUCUCUCCAGAGCCGGGGACGUGUGGCCAGAGCAAGCCAGGCCCCAUCCAGGAAGCUGUGUCCACGCAGGCAGGAGGGCAGACCAGCAGUCAGCAGUCCAGAGGCGUGCAGACAGAGCAGACCCCACCACUGGAGAAUGGCUUCCAGAACAUCCAUGAUGUCCUAAAGAGCGAGCCCGGUGCCUUUUUCUCUACUGGGAAAACUGUCACUUUCCGUCCGGACCCGGCUCUUACCAAUAAACUUGCACGCCAGAACGCCAGCAAGAGCUUGUAUGAGCACCGGCAGCCGGACUGCAGCCAGGAUGCUAGGAAGCGAUCAGGCUCGCUGCCCAGGGCCGUGGGGUUCAGACCCCAAGGCAUCACCGUCCAGUUUGCUGGUCGAGGCUCCACUGAGGAAGCUCGCCGGGAGGCCCUGCGGAAGCUCGGCCUGCUGAAAGAGAACUUGUGAUGGAGCAUGAGAGGGGGCUGGAGGAUGUGGAUGGCCAGGUUUGUUUGGCCUAAAAUGUCUGUGCGUCGUAAAGAGCAAUCACAACAGUCCCAACAGCUGUGCCCUGCUGCGGACUAGCGAUGACGGGUACCAGGACUCAGCAGUCCGGGCUGAGUGCCUGCCCCCUCCCAUUCCACCUUUGAGCUGGGAUUUCCUUCUGUAAACAAGGGCCAGCACUAGAGCUUCCUUUUUCUAAGAACUCAGAUAAUAACCUUGAAGAACUAUAUGUUUCUAUGAUUUCUAAUUGCCAUCUAUUUUGUAGAUUCAGGAGAAGGGGGAUUGGGUCCAAUUUGCUUUUCUUGAGUCUCUAACCUAACCUUUGAUCCCAAGCAAAUGGACAUGAAGGCCAGUUUAGAUCUCUUAUACUCAAUUCUCUAAGCUAGGGACUUCCUCUCCUUUUCUAAGAAAAUAUUAAAACCGAGUGUUAAAUUUUCAUAGUGUCUUACAAUACAUUUUUGGUUGUUUUUUUUUUGAAGUGUAUAGGGUAAUAUGUUAGCCCUAAAUAUGCUUUUGUUUCUUGAUAUAAUUUGGUUUGCCUAGUUUUUUUAUUGAAAAUUGAAAUGAAACCUUUAGAGUCUGAUGUACUAUAAGUUUGAGUUAUGGGAGUGGAAUAGAAAGGUUGAGUGUGGAAAAGGUGGUAAUUUCAAGAAAGCAAGUCUCAUCACACUGAAGGGUCUGUGUGGUUGGGGGAUAUGUGUAUGAGCGUCUAUUGUGUAUAUACAUGUAUAAAAUAUGUUUAUAGAAACAUGUUAACAUAUACAUAGAUAGGAAUUGUGUUGGCACAUACACAUUUAUCAUUACUUAUAUAUAAACUUCUUAAAACCCUAUACUCUUGAUAGACAUAGGAAUUGUUACUUCCUCACAGGGAAGUCUGUUAAGGACACAUCUCCAGGAUACUUCGGUGAACCCAAGUGCUUUUUCCUCCGCAAUGUGUGUCCUGUUCCCAAUUAAAGUAAUUUUCCGAGUAAGGUUGCAGAUAAGCAAGAUAGUUUUUAAAAACUUUUUUAAUGAAGAACAUUUUCAAAGAUUUAAUUUAUCACCUGAUUUUAACCUAGUUUUAAUUUAUGACUUAAUUUUAGUUCUGCAUGUUCCAAGGUAGCUAGUAAACAGGAGGAAACAAACGAUUCUUCAGAUCCCCUGUGUUCUGUGGGCAAGGUCUCAGGAUUAAUUUAAAA